AUGGGAUGCGAUUCUAUCUCUAAACUUGUGACACUUAAGUGUGUAGAGGAAUUUCCCGACUUCAUUAGCACUCAACUCUGCGUCUUAAGCAAUGGGAUGUGCAUUGAGAGCGUAGCAUCUCGUAUUAUACUGGAGAAAAAGCGCCGGAACCAUGAGAAGCAUCUCUAUUUCGUCGUAGUCCCUGAUCGCUUACCAUAUCAUUUGAUGACUUCCUUCGCCAACUCUUUGAGAUACUUUAUAAAUAGCUUUAACGCUGAGUCUGCUGCACAUAGUGGUCAGGAAGUCCUUGAUAAUGACCAAUUGUCCGACGUGAAAGGGCUGAAAGAAGAUGAAGACUUUCUUCCGGUACACGUGCUACGAGAAGGAGCCUCCCCUAAGGAACGUUGUGCAACCUUUCAGCAAAGUGGAGUAAUUAUUUCUACAAGCCGUAUGCUUUGCGCUGAUCUCUUGCACAAGCGUCUCUCCCCCAUUUUUGUCUCGACUGCGGUUGUGUGCCUAUUGCUGCGUGGCUUCCCUACUGGUGAGUCUGCUUUAGCCAGCAUAGGCUUUUUUAUUGAGAUUUUGCUACGUGGAGAGCAUACCACGCACCUCUUUAAUUACCAUGCUCAUGAGAGUCUAGAAACACGGACUAACAAUAGGCCGCAAAUCGUCAUCCUCAGUGAUAACCCUGCCACUGUUCAUUACCUCGUUAGCCGUCGUGCCGUUGGCCGGGAGAAAUUUAUGCAAGCGAUGCACGUAGGUGAUAUUCAACUUUUUCCUUCCUUUCGCCUCAGCGUUAUAAAGCACUUUGAGCAGCUUUCGAAGAAAAAGCCCCUUACACUCGACCGUAUGAUUGUGAAUGUGACCACAUCGACACGAAUACUGGACGCUUUGCUGCAGAAAAUACUACGCGAGGUUCUUUCUGAGCUGUGCAAGGUGCAGGAGCGACUUCACCAGAAUCAAGGAAAUUCCAAUGCUCACAAGCGCGAAUCUUCUUCAUCCAUUCUACAGGAUGAUUUGAAGCAAUUUCAGCCGUUGGUGCGUCUUCGUUUGGAUCCAAUUUCACCCACUGGUGAUACUUGCGGUUUGGAUAAUCACUUAACAUAUCAGAGCAGCUACGCAUCAAAGCACCAUAGCCUAGCCAAUAAGGCGGACGGGACUGAUCGAAUGCAUUCAUCCCCCGAUUAUUUAGGUGUGGGCGCCUGGCGGAGCGCCGUGGAUGAGGCGUACAUUAAUUUUGGUAGAAUCUCAGACGAAGUCUGCCUUGACAACCAGUCGACCGACCUCGACGCGGAUCUGCAAAUGAGUCUGCAGUCCAACGCACCGGACUGGCCCUUUGGAAGUCUGGUGGAGAGUUUCCUAGACCUACGCCACCUGCGGCGUCGACUUUGGUCGUGCUCCCGCUAUGACUUUUUCUUUGUUUUGCUGUCUGUGUUAAGACGGCGUCGGCGAGGUGGCUUUGCGUACAAACCGCGCGUUGAGCAGGCGGCCGCCGCCUUUCCAACGGCGUCCUGGACUAUGUCGUCCUCCUUUAACGAUGUAGUCACCGUCGCCACAGAGCGGGUUGGCAAAGUUGUGGUCCACCCCACCGCCUCGCCUUCAGAUCUGGAGACGGCGAAAUCUCACCCAACGUGGUCUAUCCCAUCCGCCAACAAAGUGGAGUCGGUUAGUGAAGAGGAUGAGGUGGUGAUUGUGGAGCCGAAGUCCCCGACUCCUCCCCCCUCCCCACCGCCUUCUGAUUUGGCUUCUUCAUCUAUCAUGUCUCUCCUUCCAAAUGCGGAGGAUCCGGAUCCGGAGCUCGAGGUGGCCCACCGAAUGACCCUGAGUUGGGUGCGAGGCGCCCUCCGUAAACCCACAGGGACGCCGAAUCUCGGGAAAAGUCCCAUGCAAAGGCUAGACAACGGUCUUUCGCGAUCUCCCCCACACGCCCCCGGCAUCUUGGUGGUGGCGUUUGGCUACCGCGAGGUCACACGGCUUGUGGAGCGAUUUAUGUACACCCGUGAGGACUUCCUGAAGCUGCAGUUGAAUCAUUUUCUCCGCCGCUAUCAGGCCUUUUACGGUGUUUCCAUACAGCAUGAAGAACCGAGGCCGUCUAACGAUGGCGAGGCCUUGUCUCCUCGGGAAUUGUCGGAUUGGGUGGAGACCGUAGUCGCGGGCGAGGAGAUGGGCGACAACUACAGAGAUUGUAUUCUGAUCAGCUCCGACGAGGAUAGCGUUAGCGAAGAUGGAAAGGAUAAGACAAGUGGGGAAUCUUCCUUUUUAUCCAAUGGCGUUAAGAGGGAGGAGGACGCCUCUCCGCUGGGUUCGCUACACCCGAUUUUGAUGAGCCAAGCUGAGGUUGACGAUCCCAGCGCCCCGCCUGGUGUCGUGAAUAGCCAUUCGACAACCGACUCCACCAACACGGUGGAUCCAAGCUCGUCUGCAUCGAGAUUUGUCCAGUUUCGCCUUGAAGCCGCUCGAUUAGGCCGAGUGGUGUUGACUCCCGUAACUGAGGAUAGUCAAACAAAUAAUACUAGCGACCUGCCGCGGGUUGUAGUUUCCGACGGAAACGAUCUACGAGCCGGGGAGCUCCUCGCACUGCUACGCGGGGAGUCAACGUUCGAUUAUGGCACCUCGGUUCCGCCGCCAAGCCUUUGUGUGUCCUCAUCCUAUGAGAAUAGAAAUCAAGAGAGCGGCAACGCCGCAAACAACACCUCGACCUCUGACAUUUCCAUUGCGAUACGCCGGAUUAUUCUAGUCCGGCACCACAUCGCAUUUCUUCGAACCUUGGAGACGGUGCACGAUGAGCUAGAGGACGACUUACUCCGUGCACUGAAGGUGCAGCUUAUAUCAACCAUCGUUUCUGAGAAUGAAAGCAAAGCAACCGUUGAGAAGGAAAAGUUGGCAUUUAAAGCACUAGCACAUGUCAAAGCAACUUUCACCAGCAUCAUGCUCGCCGAUCGAGCCUCGGUCCGUGAUACGGAAGCCAUUCUGGAAAGCGGGAACCUCACAACCUGCUCCCGACGUUUAUCCGCUUCGAAUCGCCCGCAAUCGCUUGCCUCCAACGCAUAUCCCUACACCGACGCCCCCACGGAGGCAAUCACCCGGGGUGUCCCCUUUGUACUCUUCGACGAGCGUGAGUUUCGCUCCAUGCUGCCGUACUUCCUGUACAAGCAGAACCUUGACCUCGUUCCGCUGACGUUGGCCACCGCCGAUUAUGUCCUCUCCCCGCAGUACGGGAUGGAGCGAAAAAGUGUGAGCGACUACACUCAGUCCCUCCAAUCGGGCCGAAUUCACCGUCAGCUCGCGGCCUUGAGCCGUCGGUACGAGCGAGCCCUUUUGCUUAUCGAAUUUUGCCGCCAUCAGCCCUUUCGAUUGGUUCGUUUGUGCCUUUCCCCACCCACGACCGCGGACCUGGCGUAUAUGCGAACGCUUUACACGCGCACCGCUCGUCUUUUGUUGGCGUACCCGCAGGUCACUAUUCUGUGGUCGCGCAGCGCCGCGCACUCUGCCGCGAUGCUUGCAAGGCUGAAGAAAACGGUGGCGAUCGAAAAUAAAGACCCAAGUGAUCCUUCACUCACGGUGGCAGGGGGAGUCGGCACCAACGACGAGGACGAGGAAUAUCAGAGAAAGGAACUAUCAAUCUACGCCGCUCGGGUCUUUUCCAGGUUUCCCGGCGUGACGCCUGCGAAUAAAAACCAACUAAUGCAUCUUUGUGGUUCUCUGGCCGGCCUUGCUGCCAUCUCUCAGGCCACAUUGGUUGAUACGAUUGGUGAGGUUGAUGGAAUGAAGUUGUAUUCUUUCUUGCAUAGCCCUUUAAUUGAGGCGGUCGAUUAA